GGCUACGGUUUUCGUAAUUUUGCUUUUAGCAUUUACAACAGUGGACGGAGCCUACUUGGGAGAAAAAUUCGCUGUUCUUUCAUCACCAACUCUAUUUUCGAAAGCAAUUGAACGGUAUUUGUCCCAAAAACCCCCGCUGAUAUACGACUGUCGUGUUCAAUUGACACACUACGUAUCUAGUCUUCGAAAAGAAUGGCGUUGGGCAUUAAAUAUGUAUGACGCUACCGGAAAGCUUCCGCCUGGAGUACUUAAGGGCAAUUUCUUCCAAUUCGGUGCGUUUGAUCAAUGUAUCGAAAUUGAGGAUGUUGGCAAUGAUACUAAAAGCCUUACGGGAAAGUAUUGCCUUGGAUCCCUUUCCAUACCUAAUGAAUAUAUCAGGCAGCUCGAAUCUUUGCCGUCCGAUAUGGAAGUACCAAGUGAAAUGAAAUUCUCAGUUUGCUUUCCAAAUUCAUGCUCUGGUAGCGACAUUGCGAAGCUAGCAAAGGGAAUAGGACUUAAUUUAACAGUUCACGAAGCGGACUGCCAAACCAAAGCAACACAACCCAAAAUUACCCCUGGAGGAUACACUACUCUGGCGCUGUUGGUCCUCAUCCUAAUACUCAUCAUACUUUCGACUACCUACGAAUUGACCUGUGCAGGGAAGCAACAUUGGGCGUUAAAAUCGUUUUCACUUCGUACCAACGGUAAACUCAUUUUCGAUGUUGUCGGUUCAGACCACAACAAGAUCACUACGUGUUUCUAUGGAUUACGGGUACUAGCUAUGUUAGACGUGAUCAUGAUCCACGUAUACUGUUUGCGAUUUAUGACCCCGAUUAUGAAUAGCUACAGUACAUACUAUUGGGAGCAUGACUUACAGGGCAUCGUAAUAAUACAUUCAAGAUUGGCUAUGGAAAUAUUUUUCUUCAUCAGCGGGUAUUUGGCUCUGUGUAAUUUUUGGCAAAAGGCGUCAAGAGGUAAUAAAUUUAACAUUUGCGCUCAUUACAUCGGAAGAUAUUUAAGGCUUACACCGUCUGUUGUCGUUAUUUUAUUAAUUCAAUUAACGUGGUUUAAAAAUGUCGGUUCUGGUCCACUUUGGAAUCAGGUAGAUGGCAUGGUUGCGCCGUGUGUAUCCAAUUGGUGGGCGUACCUACUGUACAUUCAAAAUUGGAUGCCCGAAAUGUGCCUGCCAGGAACAUGGUACCUCUCCAUCGACUUUCAGUUGUUUAUCCUUUCACCGAUUUUGCUGAUACCACUGAAACGUUGGCCGAAACGAACACUGAUUGCUGCGAUUUGCUUAACGGUACUAUCAUGCCUAAGUACAUUUCUUCUUGCUUGGACAAUGAAAAUACAUGUGCACCUUUGGAAAUUUACCUACAAUUACAGCAAGUAUGUUUAUUAUUUUACGCCAACAUGGGCCACUACAUGGCUAUUUGGGUUUAUAUUCAGUUACAUUAUUUUCGUAAAUAAUAAGGAGAAGAAAGUUUCUGCGAAAAAUAAGCGGCUGAAACUAGUGUUAUUAACGGCUUCAAUAAUUGUAAUAAUUGCUUCUCUGUUUGGAGCGUAUCACAUACACAAUUCAGAGUACAACCGCUUGGAGCAAUCUGUCUAUAUUGCUCUGAUACGGCCAACUUUUUUAUUGGCACUAGGAUCUAUAGUAUAUUGCUGCUAUACCGGGCAUGGAGGUAUCGUCAACAGAUUUUUAUCCCACCCAUUUUUUGAAGUAGUGUCAAGAUUGUCGUACAACAUGUAUUUGUUCCACCCAUUCGUAAUCUACUACAGUACUCUAUCUAUUCGGGUAGCACCUUUUGUGACGAGCUACAGUUACUCAGUUAGCGAUUUUGCGGGCUGUGUGUUUCUUACAUUCUUUUUAUCUCUAGUGGCGUCUUUAACAGUUGAACUGCCUGCCCAACAUUUUGUAAAUGCUCUCAUGAAUUACACCAAACAGAAGAAUGUAUAAUAAACGUGUUGUGCAUUUUGGAAUAAUGCGCCCCGUUUAUAAUUAUAACUGAAUAAAUCAUAAACCUAAUAUGCUAA